AACCCUUCUCGCGUUCCGAAAGUAAUUCUUCCGGUAUCAAAAGUCACUUCCGGUCUUGUUGUGCCAUCAAAUCUAAAUCGCGUAGCACGAGAAAUCUUACUUACUUCAAGAGCACGGCGAAGGAAUUAUGUCUCAUACGAUCCUGUUGGUCCAGCCCACUAAGAGACCAGAGGGACGGACGUAUGCUGACUAUGAAUCAGUCAACGAGUGCAUGGAAGGCGUGUGUAAGAUGUACGAGGAGCACCUGAAGAGAAUGAACCCCAACACACCAUCCAUCACCUAUGACAUCAGUCAACUGUUUGACUUCAUCCAUGACCUGGCUGACCUCAGCUGCUUGGUGUACCGUGCCGACACACAGACGUACCAGCCCAUGUUUUAAUAAAUCGUUCCGUCU